CCUGUGCUGCGUCUCUCCUCUCCGGGCGCACUCGGAGAGCUGGAGCUGAGCGCUGCGCAUUCCCCGCGGUGUCCGUGCCCGGCGCAGCAGCGGCAGCAACGCUAGCAGUGGCAGCAGCAGCAGCAGCGUCCCGCGGUGUAUUAGCUCCAAGCCUCAAUGAGGAGCCCAAACAUGGCGACCUUCAAACAGCAGAAGGUGGAGGAUGUAUAUGAAAUUGGAGAAGAGUUGGGAAGUGGCCAGUUUGCCAUAGUGAAGAAAUGCCGGGAGAAGAGCACUGGAGCUGAGUACGCUGCCAAAUUCAUCAAGAAACGUCAGAGCCGGGCAAGCCGCCGAGGGGUGCAGCGGGAGGAAAUCGAGAGGGAGGUGCACAUUUUGCAACAGAUCCUGCAUCCCAAUGUCAUCAAACUUCAUGAUGUUUAUGAGAACCGAACAGAUGUGGUCCUCAUCCUUGAGCUAGUUUCUGGGGGAGAGCUUUUUGACUUCCUGGCACAGAAAGAGUCUUUGAGUGAGGAAGAAGCAACCAGUUUCAUUAAGCAAAUCCUGGAAGGCGUUAACUACCUGCAUGCCAAGAAAAUUGCUCACUUUGACCUCAAGCCAGAGAACAUUAUGCUGCUGGAUAAGAAUAUUCCCAUUCCACACAUCAAGUUGAUCGACUUUGGCCUGGCUCAUGAAAUUGAAGAUGGAGUGGAGUUUAAGAACAUUUUUGGAACCCCAGAAUUUGUAGCUCCAGAAAUUGUGAAUUAUGAACCCCUUGGGCUGGAGGCUGAUAUGUGGAGCAUAGGAGUCAUCACCUACAUACUGUUAAGUGGUGCUUCACCUUUCCUUGGAGACACGAAACAGGAGACAUUGGCAAACAUCACAGCAGUGAGUUAUGCUUUUGAUGAGGAAUUCUUCAGCCAGACCAGCGAGUUAGCCAAAGACUUCAUUCGGAAGCUCCUGGUUAAAGAAACAAGGAAACGGCUCACAAUCCAAGAAGCACUCACUCAUCCCUGGAUCAUGCCAGUGGAUAAUCGGCAAGCCAUGGUCCGGAGGGAAUCAGUUGUCAACUUGGAAAAUUUCAAAAAGCAGUACGUCCGAAGGCGGUGGAAGCUUUCAUUUAGCAUUGUCUCACUGUGUAACCACCUUACCCGUUCCCUGAUGAAAAAGGUCCAUUUGAAGCAGGAAAACGAUUUGAGGAAUUGUGAGAGUGACACAGAGGAGGAUAUCGUCAAGAGGAAAGUGCUUCACCCCAGGAGGAGAAGCAGCACUUCCUAAUCUAGCCCAGCUCCUCUCCUGGGAGGGAAAUGCAGGUCCCUUUGGAGAACUCCACCAUCCCAGCGUGGUUUACAAUCUGUGGACAUUCAUGGGCCCCGAUCACAACCAGCACCCUGGUUUUCUAAGUCUCUGAGCCUUUGAGAGGGAGCAUCCAAGGUGCUUACUCUCUUAAGAAGACUUUCGAAGGGAGGAAGAUUUAAGAGGUUCUGGAGGUGUCCUCCUGUUGAAGCUCUGAGCCAAUCAAGGCCUUUGCUUAAGAACCCAAAGCUCUUAAUUGUUGGCAAACACCAGUUUGCCAACCCUCAGAACCAAUGGGUAAGGUCUAUGGGCCUUUGUGGGAUUUUUAUUUUUAUUUUUCAAGUUUAAACCUGGUGUUAUUCACAUAAGGCACCACAAGUAAAGAGGAGUCUACUGGACUGCUGAGAGAGCUGAGGAGUAUUCCUAGGCAUCUUUAAGUCCUGUGCGUCAUCUUUAAAAGUAGACGCGUUCUUCAGUGCAAUUGGAUUCAGAACAUUAAUGAGAAAUGAUUUAUAGGCAGAAAGAAUAAUGGAGGUCCAAGGAAUCCUAUUCCUGGAAGAGAAGAAUUAUUGGAUUUCCAUUUGGUUCAACUGACUGAUUAUUCUAAGAUAAGCGAUCUUCAGAGAAAUAGGGGAGGAAAUCCUGCUGAUCCACAGAGUUUGGACAAGGUUGUAUGGGAGGGCAAAAACUGAGAAAAUUUGGGGGUUAAGGCCUGCAUGAAAAGGGCCUGUAACACAGAAGGGGAAUCUGUCCAUAAAUGGCUUUCUUGUGGGUAUCGGGCAUGGGAGUGAAAUGAGACCUCGUUUGGUGGCCACCAUGGGAAGAUGGCAGCCUCUGGCCUUCAGGGAUCAGGAAAAA